AUGUCGGCCGCAAAUAGAGGUCCAGCGAAUUCAAGUCGGCGCAAGAGAGCGAGAGACGACGAAGACGAGAUUAUGUCGUCCUCACCAGCAGCGCUGCCGUCCUCACCUCCUAUGCUCCCAGCCAACGAGAAUGAUGAUCUUGACGAUGACAAUCUAGACGCCGAAGAUGACCUGCUCGGCGAUGUGGAUGAUCUCGACGAGAUGGCCGAAGAUGAGGAUGGAAUUGACCUUUUUGGUGACAAUUUCAUGAAUGACGAGCGAGAUCGCGGGAAUCAAGAAACAUACCAAGGUCGCAUGAUCGAUGAUGAAGGUGACUACGAUGACAUCGACCUUGCAGACCGACGUCAAUUGGAGGCGCGUCUCAACAGACGUGAUCGUGAGCUGGCCCGUAGACGCCGCAUGCCUGCAGCUUUUAUGGCAGACGAUGAUGAGGAUGCUGGCAUCGACUUGACAAAGCAACCUCGAAGACGCCGACACCACUAUGAUGAAGAUCAAGACGAUAUGGACUUAGACGAGAACAUUAUGGAAGAAGAACUUUCGCUCGAAACAUUACAAGACAUCAAAGCCACCAACAUCACAGAGUGGGUAACUCAACCUUCUGUCAUGAAAACAAUCGCCAGAGAGUUCAAGUCGUUCUUAACGGAGUACAUUGACGCCCACGGCACUUCAGUCUACGGCACACGAAUUCGAACCUUGGGAGAAGUCAACUCAGAGUCUCUGGAGGUCUCAUACGAUCAUCUUUCCUCGACCAAGGCAAUUUUGGCGUACUUCCUGGCGAACGCCCCUGCAGAGAUGCUGAAAAUCUUUGACAAAGCAGCUUUCGAAGUUGUUCGACUGCACUAUCCAAACUACGAGCUGAUCCAUCCUGAGAUCCAUGUACGCAUUUCAGAUCUUCCAGUUCAGUACACCCUACGCCAGCUACGACAAUCGCAUUUGAAUUGCUUGGUCAAGGUCUCUGGGGUCGUUACCAGGCGAACUGGUGUUUUCCCACAACUACAAAUGGUCAAGUUUACUUGCACGAAAUGCGGUGUUACACUCGGACCCUUCGCCCAAGAGUCUACGUCGGCAGAAGUCAAAUUAUCAUUCUGCCCCGAGUGUCAGUCGCGAGGACCCUUCACCCUGAACAGCGAGAAGACUGUAUACAGAAAUUACCAGAAAUUGACCCUUCAGGAGUCUCCUGGCACCGUGCCGGCUGGUCGGUUGCCACGACAUCGUGAAGUUAUCCUUCUUGCUGAUCUCAUUGACACGGCCAAGCCCGGCGAGGAGAUCGAAGUUACAGCUAUUUACCGAAACAAUUACAGCGGACAACUGAACAACAAGAACGGGUUCCCCGUCUUUGCCACCAUGCUCGAGGCCAAUCAUAUUAUCAAGACUCACGAUCAGCUUGCCGGUUUCAGGUUGACUGAGGAAGAUGAAAGACAAAUCCGAGCACUCUCCAAGGAUCCAAAUAUUGUUGAGAAGAUUGUCGACUCAAUCGCACCGUCCAUUUAUGGCCACAAGGAUAUCAAAACCGCUGUGGCUCUUUCGCUGUUCGGCGGUGUAAGCAAGGAAGCGCAGGGCAAACACAAAAUUCGUGGCGAUAUCAAUGUUCUUUUAUUGGGUGACCCUGGAACUGCCAAAUCCCAGAUUCUCAAGUACAUUGAGAAAACGGCACAUCGAGCCGUCUUUGCCACAGGCCAAGGUGCAUCAGCUGUCGGUUUGACGGCUUCCGUUCGCCGUGACCCUCUAACAGCAGAGUGGACACUCGAAGGUGGUGCUCUGGUCCUGGCUGAUCGAGGCACCUGCUUGAUUGACGAAUUCGACAAAAUGAACGAUCAGGACCGAACGUCCAUCCACGAAGCUAUGGAGCAGCAAACAAUCUCAAUAAGUAAAGCAGGCAUUGUCACAACUCUCCAGGCACGAUGCGCAAUCGUGGCUGCGGCCAAUCCUAUUGGUGGACGAUAUAACAGUACCAUUCCUUUCAGUCAGAACGUUGAACUGACGGAGCCUAUCUUGUCUCGGUUCGACAUUCUAUGUGUCGUUCGAGACACCGUUGAUCCAGCUGAAGACGAACGUCUUGCCAAAUUUGUUGUCAACAGUCACGGUCGUGCCCAUCCAGCAAAACUCAGCAUUGACUCAGGCGACACUGCUGCAAUGGAAAACGAGGAGACUGACGCGGUUAAUAACGGCGAACCACAGCAAGAAGGGGCCAUUCCACAGGAGCUUCUUCGAAAAUAUAUUCUUUAUGCUCGCGAGAAAUGUAGACCGAAACUGUACCAAAUUGAUCAGGACAAGGUCGCACGUCUGUUUGCAGACAUGCGCCGAGAGUCGUUGGCAACUGGUGCUUACCCAAUUACUGUCCGUCAUCUUGAAGCGAUCAUGAGAAUUGCGGAGUCAUUCUGCAAGAUGCGCCUAUCAGAUUUCUGCUCAUCUCAAGACAUUGACCGUGCUAUCGCUGUGACUGUCGAUUCGUUUGUCAGCAGUCAGAAGCUAAGCUGCAAGAAGGCUCUUGCAAGAGCGUUUGCAAAAUAUACACUGAAGCGUCCAGAGCGUCGAACAAGAGUGACUACACGGAAUGCAAACAGCAUGGGCACAGUCUCAGCAUAGCAUAUUUAAGAAUGAUCCUUGAUGCCUGUCAUACCUUUGGGGAAUAAUGAGUGGAUGACAAUUCUCAUGCCAGGCUGAUGAACCGGCUUUAUGUAAUUUAUGGAUGUUGGAAG